ACGGUGCGUGCAGCUAAAUGACGCGACGCGUCACAGACACGGUCCUCGUUUCUUCCAACACGACCUUCAUCUCUUGGAAACAAGAUUUCUGAAGAAAAUGAGCCAAUUCAGCCAAAACCCCUAUUACGACAAGGCUGGCGGCGGAGGGGGCGGAUUCAUGGAUGGCUCACCAUUGGGUGGUAGCAAUGGAACACCAGGAAGUAGUACACGGCGGGGCGGCUCUGCCUCAGUGCGACCUGUCACGAUUAAACAGGUCUUGAGCGCAACGCAAACCCAUUCAGAAGCGGAUUGGGUGAUAGACGAUGCCGAGAUUGGAUCAGUGACAGUUAUCGGUCAAGUAAUAUCGAUCCAGAAGCAAGCCACCAAUAUCGUGUACAGUUUGGACGACGGCACUGGCCGGUUGGAAGCGCGACAUUGGGUGGAUCCAUCUGCUAUGGAAGAGGAUGAAGAGGAUCCUAUUACAGAAGAUUCUUACAUCCGUGUAAUGGGUACCAUCAAGUCCUUUGGCAACAAGCGUUAUAUCAAUACUUCACAACAGCGACUGGUUAAAGACCAUCAUGAACUCUAUUUCCAUCUCCUAGAUGCUAUGGCUACCAAACUCAUUUUGGAGCGAGGACCACCCCAUGCACCCAGGCAACAGCCUGGUUCUUCUCCAAUCAAAGCAGAGGGUGCAUCCGCAUACUCGGCGCAAUCUACCGCCGUAACAAACGACCAGUUUUCUCAUCUCCCACAGAUGCAACAAGCCAUUAUCAGGUUCAUUUUGUCUCAUCCUCAGACGGAUGAUGGUGUGAAUGUUGGUGCGAUUGCCCGAGCAGUGGGUGGAUCAGCGAAUGAAAUCAGCGCCGCACUCGAUAGUCUACUUGAUGGUGGACACAUCUACACGACUCUCGACGAAUCUCACUACGCCGUGUCUCAGUGAAUGUAUUCGACUGCAGCCACUGACGGGUUUCCCGACUUUUCAUGUCUUCUUGCUGUGUUGUUUUUGCUGCUGUAUUCUAAACUCUCAAGACUGAUUUUUCACCUAUCCGAUGGUAUAUCGCUACAUACAAUGAAUCCUAAAAGAAAGAAAGAAAAUACUUGCUCUUGGUCAGUGUCUUCGGGU